UGCUGAAGCAGUGAUUAACAAGUGUUUGUCGCGUGUGGUUCGUUUUCAGCUGUUGUAAAAUGAGUUUCAAGAGUCAACCCAAAGGUUUUGCCACCAAAUCCAUUCACGCUGGACAGGAUCCAGAGCAAUGGAAGAGUGCCAGUGUUAUUCCUCCCAUUUCACUGAGCACAACCUUCAAACAGGAUGCCCCUGGAGAGCAUCGUGGUUAUGAGUACUCUAGGAGCGGCAAUCCAACCCGUAAUGUCCUGGAGAAAUGUUUCGCUGCUCUCGAUAACGCCAAGUAUGGAUUGACCUUCUCAUCUGGUCUGGGUGCAACAACUGCUGUUCUUACUAUGCUCAACAGUGGCGAUCACAUUAUUAUGGGCGAUGACGUCUAUGGUGGAACCAACAGACUUAUCAGACAAGUGGCCUCUCGUUUGGGAAUAAAUGCAACUUUUGUUGAUCCCACCAAUUUGGAUGCUAUUAAAGCAGCAUUUAAACCUGAAACUAAGCUCAUUUGGAUUGAGUCUCCAACGAAUCCUUUGAUUAAAGUCGCUGACAUUGCUGCCAUUGCCAAGAUCAGCCAUGACGCUGGCAAUAUUAUUGUGGCCGUGGACAACACUUUCCUGACUUCGUAUUUCCAACGUCCCCUUGAGCUGGGAGCUGAUCUGGUGUGCUAUUCCAUGACCAAAUACAUGAAUGGACACACCGAUGUUGUUAUGGGAGGUAUAACCAUGGAUUCUGAAGAUCUUUACAACAGAUUGAAGUUUUUGCAAAAUGCUGUUGGCAUUGUUCCAUCGCCGUUUGAUUGCUACCAAGUGAACCGCAGUCUGAAGACUUUGUCUCUGCGUAUGCAACAACAUCAGAGCAACGCGCUGCAAGUGGCCAAGUUCCUGGAUUCGCAUGCUUUCGUUGAGAAGGUACUACACCCGGCUCUGCCUUCCCAUCCACAGCAUGAGAUUGCCCUUAAACAGACCUAUGGAUACAGCGGCGUAUUCUCAUUCUAUAUCAAGGGCGACCUGAAGCAUUCAUCAGCUUUCUUGAAGGCUCUGAAGAUUUUCACUUUGGCUGAAAGUCUUGGUGGAUAUGAAAGCUUGGCUGAAUUGCCUUCCGUUAUGACACAUGCUUCUGUACCUGCUGAAGAUCGCAAAACUUUGGGCAUUACUGACGGUCUUGUUCGUUUGUCUGUGGGUCUUGAGGAUGCCGACGAUUUAAUCAAUGAUCUGAACCAGGCUCUGGACAUUGCUGCGAAGGCAUAAAAUACAAAUCCACAUCCCCAUCAUGUAAAAUACGCCCUGAGUGUCCUAUUAAAUAAUAAAUAUUGUAU